AUGGGUGUGUGCUAAACAAAAAAACAAAAUACAAAAUAAAACUUAUCAAGUAGAGUUAAUACUGAAACUAAAACUAAGAUGGAGAUAUCAGGUAAUCAAGAUUAAGAAUCAAAAAAAUCUCAUUUUCACAAUCAAGAGAAAAGAGUAAAUACAGAAACUUUUUGUUCACAAAAUAUAGAUUAUCCAACUCCAGCAAUUUAAAGAAAUCAUGCAUUUACAAUGCCAAAAAUAUCGAAUCUAGCCUAAGGUAUGAGUCCAAUUGUUGAAUAAACAAGUGCUUCAAAAAAAUACACUCUUAUUGGAUAACACAAAUCAAAUUAUGUAUAAAUAUAAAUCUUAUUAAAUUAGCUACUUUAAAUUUUGCAAAAUAACAAAACUGGUAGGCUUGUUUAAAUGGAAAAUAUCCCUAAAAAUAUAGAAGAAAAUGAAAAAUAUAUCAAUUGGCUACAAAAGACAACUCUAGUAUUAUUUAAUUUAUUAUCAUUUUUAAGGAUCAUCCAAAUAUACUUAGAAUUAUAGAGAUUUAUCAAGAUAAAACAAACUAUUAAGUGAUUUCAGAAUAUUUUAAUGGAUGUAGUCUUUCAGACUUAAUUAUUGGAGAAUCUAAAGUUUCAAAACCAGUAGUAGCUUAAAUUUAUGAAUAAAUAAUAUCAGCUAUGUUAUAUCUUCAUCAAAAGAAUAUUAUUCAUGGUAAUUUGACUCUUAAAUCAUUUGAAUAUAUGUAUUUUGACAAUAGGGUUGUUGUUAAGUUAGCUAAUUUAAAAGCUAUGUAUAUAAAAGAUUAAGAAAAUUUUGAAAUUGUUAAAUUAUUACCUCCAGAAUGUCUCUAUCAUUAAAAACUAUUGACUAAAGAAAGAGAUAUAUGGACUGUUGGUUUAAUUGGUUUGACAUUGAGAAAGGGUUAAAUUCCUUAUGAAUUCCCAUAAAAUGCAUCAGAAUAAAAUAUGAUGUAGAUUAUUCAAGAUCAUAAAUUCAAUUUUUAAAAAAAGAAAGAUUCAAAAUUUAAAAAAUUUUUAGAAAUAAUAUUAUCAAGAAAUCCUAAAUAGAGACUUGAUUUUGAAACUCUACUUAAACAUGAAUUUAUUAAAUUUUAUUCUAAUAAGUAAAUGACUGCUUAGGAAAGGUUACUCAAUAAUUUCUUAAAAAAUAAACCGUGCUGUUUGAUUUAAUAAUUGAUAUUAGGAUAUUUUGCAUAAGAAUUUAAUUUAGAAGAAUAUAUUACAGCCUAAAAGUUAUUUUUAGAGAGUAAUAUUAAUAAUGAUGGUUCUUUAAGUAAAUAAGAAUUAAUUACAAUAUUUUAAUACUAUAAAAUUAAUUGCGAUAAUAUUGAAAAAAUUAUAGAUGAUAUAUUCUAAUAAUUUGAAAUAGAUGUUGAUUGUGGAAUGAAUUAAAAUCAAUUCAUUUCUUUAACAUUAACUAGAACUAUAUUAUUAAGUCAAGAAAACAUCGAUAUAUGUUUUGCUAUUUUUUCAUUCAACAAAUAAGAAAUUUUAUUGAAAGGAUUGAAGAGACACUUAUAAUGUGAAUCUAUUGAUAUUAAAGCAGAAUUUGCACAAAUAACUGAUGAUUUAAAUACAGUAAUAAUUUUUUAUAUUCUUUAGUUAAAUCACUAACAAUUCGAAACCUUGAUGAAAUUAUUGCUAUGA